AUGGCUCCCACCCCUCCCUCCCCUCCUUCCGCCCCGCCGGCCCUGCCGGCGGCCACUCUAUCCCCUCCUUCCGCCCCGCCGGCCCUGCCGCCGGCCACUCUCUCCUCCGACGCCUCCCCCAGCUACGUUCAUCUCGCGCAGGAGUCCCUCCGCCUCUUCGUUGGCCUGUGUGAGGGGGACCGGCUCGACCCCGCCGUCCUCCCUGCUGCCGCUUUCGUCCCCUCCGACCACCUAGUCUUCCCCUGCGCCAGCCUAGUGCAAAAAAUCCUCCUCUGUCAACCCCUUCGCCGGCGGCUGUUCUCGCUGUCUUUCCUCCCUUACGGUCCAGCUGUUCAUGCUCAGUCCCCACCAUCCGUGCCCCAUUCCUGCAAGCCUCUCUCCGAUGUUCUGCUGUUGCACCACUCCGUUGGGCUCAAGUUCGAAAAUGCAGCUUGGACGAGGCUAAAAUCCUUCACCACAGUUCCUUCGGCUCCGGCUCCGCCCUCCUGCCCGCUUACUGUCACCUUCUUCCAGUUUCCCCUGCCUAUCUCGCCCGUGCUCUGCGACCUCAUCCUCCAUUGCCUGUUUGGUGGCAACCCCCGCCAGUUCCACUCCGCCGUCGUCGCGGAGGAUGAGUUCUCCUGCGUUGUGGCUAACAGAGGGGUCGCUGAUCUCAUCCUGUCGUUUGGCGACCUCAGAAGGCCGGGGAUUGACGUGCGUUUCUCGCUGCCCGAGCAGCGAUCACCCGCGCCUCCGGCGGCCACUCUUGUGCCGGCUCCGACGGGGGCUUUCCGCCUGCAUCAUCGAGCUGCGACAGGCCGGCCUCGGCCGUCAGUUAAGUUCUAG